UACAUAUUUCAACGAUUCAUGUCGAGGCGCGUACAAGAGAGUUUCAAAAACAUGAAGAUUAUUUUCAACUGAUGGAGGGAUUAAAUAUGUUUUUGUGUAUAUAUUCGUGUGAAUUUUUAUUUGUACGAUUAAAAUAAAUUGGAUUUAAUGAAGACAAUGUAGAAAAAGCCCAAUAAUGAGUGAAAAUAUUGACGAUUACCAGGUAAUGAACCUUCUCGGUAAGGGAGGGUUUGCCUGCGUUUACAAAGCUAAAGCUUACAAAACUGGACUAGAGGUUGCUAUUAAAAUGAUUGAUAAGAAGCUGAUGAAAGCUGCUGGAAUGGUUACCAGGGUGAAGAAAGAGGUUGAGAUUCAUUCCAGGUUGAAGCACCCUUCUAUACUUGAGUUGUACAAUUACUUUGAGGACAACAACUAUGUGUACCUGAUAUUGGAGAUGUGUCACAAUGGCGAACUCAAUAGAUACCUCAAGUCCAACUGCAAGGUUCUAUCAGAGGAUGAAGCGCGUCACUUCAUGAAGCAGAUACUUGAGGGUAUGCUGUACCUGCACUCAUACGGGAUCCUGCACCGUGACCUUACACUUGCUAACCUGCUUCUCACCAAGGACAUGGACGUUAAAAUAGCUGACUUUGGUUUAGCCACAAGGUUGAAUAGGCCAGAGGAGAAACACUUUACCAUGUGUGGAACACCGAACUAUAUCUCUCCGGAGGUUGCCAGUAGAUCAGCCCAUGGUCUGGAGGCAGAUGUCUGGUCAUUGGGCUGUAUGUUCUACACAUUCCUGGUGGGCACCCCACCCUUUGAUACUGACACAGUGAAGCUGACCCUAAACAGGGUGAUCUCGGGAGACUUUGACCUGCCAUCUGACAUGUCCCCAGAGGCCAAGGACCUCAUACAUCAGCUGCUGCAGAAAAACCCUGCAAAGCGCAUUGCUAUACAUGAUGUGCUGAAGCACCCAUUCAUGACCAAGGAAAGCAGCAGAGACUACUCAAAGGAGCACAAGAGAAUGGCAGAGAUGUCCAUAGACAGUGGACGUGGCACCAUGUCUACAGACAUCAUGUCCAGAAUGUCCUCGGCACCACCAAAGCAGCGACCUUUGCCUGCCAUUCACAACAUCCAGAGCAAGAUUUCAGAGGUUAAAGAGAACAGCGUUGAUGGGUAUGGUCAUAUUGGAGGCCAAACCAUGAGGCAUCCCCCCUCUCCGCCUGUCAGACUGCGGGACAGUGAGCGCCAGGCCAAACAGAAUGACAGGGUGUUUCCUGAGAAGUAUUCCGGCACACCUGCCCCGGAGAGAAGUGUUCCAUUCACUGAUAGGACUCCUAAAACUAAUCACUCAGCAGACUUUGUUCACAAGGGUUCAGACACUGGUUACUGUAGUGCUAGCAGACAUUCUCAUAGUGAAACUGAGACUAGAUCACAACGGACAAUGGAUAUGCCUAGGUUAAAUCUAGCUCAGUUUGAUCCUUCGAAAUACCAGAGUCAAAGUAGUUCAACCUCUGGAUGGUCAUGUAGUGCCUCUAUACAUAGUAAUGAUGCCAAGCCCAUAAGUCCCCGGGAACAUUCAGACAUCAGUGGUAAUGAUAUGCACAGGCAUUUACCUAGCUCUAUCAGUGGUGUGUCCAAUGCCUCAUCAUAUGAUGAGUUAAGUUUACAAAAUACAAAGAAAGUUCUCAACUUUGACUCUGAUUCACAGCCAACCAGCUUAUCAGAACAAUUUUCACAUCGAAGUGAAUCAUCAAGUGUGAGACAUACAAAUAUUAGUUCUGAACUGGGACAGCAACAAAAAUACAAUAUUAGUUCUGAACUGGGACAGCAACAAAAAUACACAAGAAGUAAUUCAGUAGAUGAGUUGGAGUUUGAUAGACCAAGGCCAAAGGUUAGUGAAAUGAGGAGUAUAUCUUGCGAUGUCUUAGACAUGGAAGAGCCUUGUAAUACAGAUACCAACACAAACAACAGUGCUAGUUGGAGUGGGAAGCCUGACCCAGUCCUUGCUGGUGUUUCCAGCAAACAGCGGAGUGAGAUGGGACCCCCUAUCUGUUCAAACCGACUCCGACCCAUUCGGCAGAGAACCCGCAAUGCUGUGGUGAACAUUAUGGAGAACGGGGACGUGUGCCUGGAGUUUGUCAAGCAGAAACAUAAGGAGGAGAAAGUGGUCGAAGUCUUUGUCAUCUCCAACAAUGGCAUGCAGGUAAGCAUUUACCAGCCGAACAAUGGUAAGGGUGUGCCUGUAGAGGACCAGCCUGUUGCCCUGCCCAAGGUCCCUCUCAAGUCCUUCACAUACAGCGAGGUGCCGGAGAAAUACUGGAAGAAGUACCAGUAUGCUUCAAGGUUUGUAAAGCUGGUGAGGUCUAAGACUCCCAAGGUGACUCUGUACACCCAGCGCUGCAAGUGUAUGCUGAUGGAGAAUGGGCCAGAGGCAGACUUUGAAGCUGUCUUCUAUGAUGAUAAUCCUGAUAAAAAGUCCAUGACAGAAUCAUGGCCAAGAAAAAGCUGUGAUGAUUCUGAUAUCAUAAAUUGGAGUGCCAAGUUCACAUCGAGCAGUCGGGGUAUGAGGAUCAUAGAGCGUACAGGAACGUCCCUGGUGCUGGAAUCUCCGGACAUGGAGCAGCGACUAACCCAAGAGACCCAGAAACUACUUGAGUAUGUGAAGCAGUGUCGCCAGCAGUGUCAGCAGCUGGAGUCCGUCGUUGCCGCUGUCCAGGAUAGGUGCUCCCUUAAUGAGGAGCUGUUCCCCAUCAUUAUUGGCCGCCGCCCCAAUUCCUCCAACCUGAAUGAUUCUGGCAAAUUCAGUACCGCCAGUAUGGGGACUUGCAGCGAAGACCACAACACUAGUGGAAGGUCAACAGAUAGCAACAGGCCACCAACUAUGACGUCCUUUGAUGGCACUGUUGUGAGUACUGUCACUGAUUGUGCAGAGAAACCAAAAGCAGCUGAAGGCUUCCAUGACAACACAUUAGGGUCCCAUUCGACCAUGAACACAAAUACCUCACCCACUGGCAGUCAUGUACGCAAAUUCACCAGCAAAGACAUUCUUCGUCAGGUCAUGGUCCAAGACAUUGGCUGGGCAUCUCAGCAUGCCAAUGGUGAGAUCUGGGUCAAGUUCUUUGAUGGUACACAACUGGGAGUGAAGUCUACCACAACCACUAUAAAAUAUAUUGACCAGUCGGGUAAGCUGUGUCGCUACCAGAAGACAGACCUGCUACCCGAGGCAGUUAAAUCUCGCCUGGAGAAAGUUCCCCUCAUUCUGGAGCACCUCCUGCAAGACUCCCAGCAGCAACAGGUCUCCAUGAGCAGGCAGGGUCCCAGAUAGAACUAGCAUGGCACGGCCCUCGUUGACAUUCUAGGUCUCUGGCACCACCCAAACAAAACCAAGGUGGCUCUGAGGUUUGAGGUGCAACCCAGAUAAACCUCCCCUGGGCUCCGGUACCGUGUUUAGUUCAGGGACCAAUCAAAUAGAUCAGCAAUCUGUGAUAUGUACAGCACUGUUUUUAUGAACUCUGACAGCUAUUCACUCUGCUUCUAGUGCUGGGAAGUUAUCCUUUGGUGUUCCUCUUGCAUGCUUUGUUCAGUGUUGAAAACUUAUACCUAAAAGGCUUUCCUUUUCAUGGUGUCUAAUUUUGAGAUUAGGAUACCAAGAAGAUGAUGUCUUUAAAACCAACAUUCUUGUGCUUAGAUUGAGUGGAUAUUGUGCUAAGUGAUUCUGUAGAACUCGUAUAAAAUGCUCAUUUAUUUAUUUAUUCAUUUUUCCCCCAUACAGAUUAUAAAUUACCAUUUGAUUUAAAGAAAUAGUAAAUAUUAGCUGUCGAAUGUGUUUAUAGAGUAGAAAGCUUGCAAGUUAUUUAUUAAAAUCCAAAAGUUUGUCAAUGUCAGUAUGUUCAAAGAUAGAAUAACUUAAACUUGAUUUUCUUUGUCUGUGCCUUGAAACUUUCUUCUACUUUGUUGUUGUAAUUUGUAAAUAUGAAGCUGUGUAUAAUUGUGUAUUUAUGUAAACAUUUUUAGUCCCACUGUGGAACUGACAUAUAUGGUGCUUUUAAAUACUUAUUUAUCUAUGACUCAUUUUAAUUAGCAUUAUUGUUAACUACUUAUUAGAGUUGGAUUUUAAACUUUUAUGAAAGUGUUAAUGAAGAUUGUUUGUACACUUAGUGUAUGGAUAUAAAAUUGCAUUAUUUGAAUUUUUUGUGAAGUUAGCAGCUAAUAAAUUGGAAAUAUGCAUUUAGAUUUGCCAUUAGUCAGUCUCCAAAGUUAAAGAGUAUUGAUCUGUAUGUUAUUAAAUGCUAGUCUAUAACUGAGAAAAAUAAAGGAACAAAA